UUGCCAUACCCAUUGCUUCACUUCAGUCUCCACACCAUCUCUCUCUCUCUCUCUCUCUCUCUCAUGUCUGUUUGAAGAAGUGUAAGAGCUUUCACCCUCUUUGAGUUCUCUCCUUUUGUCUGAAAAGAAUAUCAAGGUGUUAUUUCAUUACUUCCUACUCUUCAAUAAACCAAAUCUCUGUUAUAAAUCUCCAAGAACCGAAGGUGCGGGGUUUCUUACUGUGCCAAUAUCUAUCUCUCUUGCUGUGACUGUGUAUGAGUGUCUAUCAAGGAGGAGAGAGAGCCCUUUGCUAGUUCCUUGAUACAAUUUGGAUUAAGAGGAGAAAGAUCACUAUUCCAGUGAACAAUCCAACAAAAAUGCCCUUGGAAGGGAUGUUCAUUGGCCCCUCCUCAAAACCACUUCCUGAUCUUUCUCUCCACAUUAGUCCUCCCAACAGUUCCUCUUCAUUUAUCUGCAAUAGCACCAUUGAAGCAGAUAAAAGUUUCGAUCUUUCAAACCCAGGUGAAGCAGACAAGUCUAACAGCAUCAACUCUUUCAGAACCACCAACCCACAAGCUUACACUGAGCUCUCCCUGUCGCACCCAGCAAAUACCCUAAAAGAAGAAAGCCAGUUUCGAAGGAAUUUCACAGGUGGAGCUCAUGAAGAACAACCACAAAACCCUUAUCAUCAGACUCACCAUAUGUACCUACCAAGCACCCAGUUAAACCAUAUAAAUCAUGGGGUUUCACAACUCCAUGUAUCGGACGGGUUAAGACCCAUAAAAGGUAUUCCGGUGUAUCACAACCGUCAAUUUCCCUUCUUGCCCAUGGACCCUUCAAGAGAGAAGGAUCCAAAGAUUUGCUUCUACCCUCCAAUGCCUCAGCCUUACCCUUCUUGGUCAGCCUCUUUAUCACCAUCUUCCUCGUGUUCUUCCUCUUUGUGCUCUUCGUCUGUUUCUCACUCAUCUUUGCCUUAUUUGAGUGGUGGGUUGGAUCAUAUGUCCAUUUUAAACUCAGGGCCUAACGUUCCUUCAGCUUAUCGGAUAAAUGGGGGGACUAGAUUUAAUGGGAUCUCACCGUCAUAUCAACUGCACCAUUACCACCAUAAUCAGUACGGUGUUGGUCCUUCUGAGGCUUCUCAUGUGACAAUGAGAUCGAGAUUUCUUCCAAAGCUACCGGCGAAGAGGAGUAUGAGAGCUCCGAGGAUGCGUUGGACGAGCACACUUCAUGCUCGAUUUGUUCAUGCCGUUGAGCUCCUUGGUGGCCAUGAAAGGGCUACCCCAAAGUCAGUUCUUGAGCUCAUGGAUGUCAAAGAUCUCACUCUAGCCCAUGUCAAGAGCCAUUUACAGGUAGAGCACAAUGAAAAGAAAAACCACUCUCUCUCGGUUUAUGAUAUCUGGGUGGUCUCCGUCUAUCGCUCCGGCACAGUAGCCGAUGACGGCAGUGAAUGA